ACUUUUUUUGCAGUUUUUUUUACUUAUUUACUGUACAGCUGUUUAUUUAUUAUUUAAUUUUAAAAAGGGUGUUUUAAGUUGAGUGCAAUCUGCAACCAGACCACUAGAUGCCACUAAAUCUUGCACAUCUGCACCUUUAACAGCUUUCACGUGAUAGGACUUGCAUUCACAAUAUACAGGCAGAGGCAUAACAGUGAGACAUUCAGCAACGUUUGAACUCAAAUGCAAGGUACUUCUAGUGAAUAGCAGAUAUUAGGUCUUCAUCGCAUCUCUUUGUUUGUUUGUUUGUUGAAUUAAUCCGUUUGUCUGACAGAGUACGAACACAAAGGCUUGUGGAGCCCCUUGUCCCAUCAGAGACUGCUGAUGAAUUACUGGAGGACAGGUUUAGUUAAAUACCAAGCAUGAAAAUGCUUCAGAGGUUUUUACUAAACAGCAGCAACCCACACUUGUGUUUUGGUAGUCAAACCUCUCUUAGCACGGUCACAGAAAUUAGCUUAGUGCUAAUCUGUGGGUAAUUGGAGCCGUUAGGCUAAGCUAACCUUAACGCUGGUUUUGUUAAGCGGUUGCUAGGAUACCUCAGAUGGGACAGUCCUGAGCGAGGAGCUGCUUGUACCAGUGCUGCUGGCAGGUUACUAACGUAACUCUAAUACUUUAGCCACAAUUAAACUAAAAUGUCUGAUAAGGAGGAAGAGCAGGGUCCGAAAAGUACUUUUUCCACCUAUAUGGCAGAAGGUGACCAACUCUUUCACAAACGAGAAUACACCAAGGCCAUUGAAAGCUACUCCACGGCUCUAACAUUACAGCCAGACGACAAGAACUGCUUGGUUGCCAGAUCGAAGUGCUAUGUGAAAAUGGGGGAUUCAGAGAACGCUCUGAAGGAUGCAGAGGAUUCCCUCAAAGAGGACAAGAACUUUUUCAAGGGUUUGUAUCAGAAGGCAGAGGCUCUCUAUACCAUGGGUGAUUUUGAGUUCGCUCUGGUCUUCUACCACCGUGGCCACAAACUGCGUCCAGAGCUACAGGAGUUCAGGUUGGGCAUACAGAAAGCUCAGGAGGCCAUCAACAACUCUGUGGGAAGUCCCUCAUCAGUGAAACUGGAGAAUAAGGGUGAUCUCUCCUUCUUCCAUAAAACUGAUGAGCUGAAAAAAGUUCGACCAAAGCCUUUGAUCCGUUCUGUGAAGAGAGAGCCGAGACAGCAAGGCCAGAAGACGCCCAAGAGUGAGAGAACAACAAAGCAGCUACUGGGAGAGCUGUACACAGACAAAGAGUACCUGGAAAAAUUGCUUAAAGAUGAAGAUCUAAUUAAAGGAAAGACGCGUGGCGGCGAGCGGCUGCAGGAUGUCAUCUUGAACUGUAUUUCGUAUCUGGACACGCGGAGCGAAUUCUGGUGGCAACAGAAGCCCAUCUAUGCCCGGCAGCGAGACCGAAAGCUUCUGCGGGAGCAGUGGAACCGCGCCCGCCACCUCCCUCCCUCUGACCCAACCUGCUACAUUCUUAAAAACCUGGAGGAGAUUGACGCAGCACUGAGUGCAGGCAAUGCAAAUGGCAGCCUGAAAAAAGCCCGGGACGUCUUGAAGACUGUGCAGGGCUGGUCUGAGGAGGCUUUGCCCAAUAAGAGCGAGGUGCUGGGAAACCUAUACAGUUGCAUUGGUAAUGCUCUGAUGGACCUGGGAGACAUGGACAAGGCGUUGGACAACCACCUGAAAGAUCUGGAACUGGCCCAACAAAGUAAAUUAGUGGACAGUAAGUCCAGGGCUCUGGACAACAUCGGCCGAGUCUAUGCACGUAUUGGCAAAUUUCAACGAGCCAUAGAAGUCUGGGAGGAAAAGGUACCUUUGGCGCAAGGUGGUCUAGAGAAGGCCUGGCUGUUCCAUGAGAUAGGCCGCUGUUACCUGGAGCUCAAGCGUCACAUGGAGGCCAGAGAUUAUGGAACUCGCUCUCUUAGUGCUGCAGAUGACAUCAGUGAUGAGAAUUGGCAGCUCAAUGCAAGUGUGCUGGUGGCACAGGCUGAGUUAAAACUGGGUAACUAUAAAGCCAGUGUGUUACACUUUGAGAGGGCGUUGGACAGAGCUAAACUGCUGCGGGAUGAAGCUGCCACAGACGCCAUACAGAAGGCCCUUCGUGAGACGAGGCAGCAAGCAACACAGUGAGAGGACUGUCUGUUUGCUUUUCCCUUCUGAUGGACUUUUCCGUGACUAAAUCAAAUAUGAACCAACAAAUCCUGAUUGCUCUUCGUAUUCACACUUCCGAACACUGAAAUAAAGCCUGCAUGGAGAAGAUA